AUGCAAGAGCUGGCUCGUGAAGUUGACAGAGCCGCUGCCGGUACCGAACGCGUGUACUGUCGCCUCGAACAGGCACUGGAGGAAAGGGAACGGAAGCUAUUCGUUUUAGAAAAGCGCGCAAUGGCCGUUCGCUUGUUCCUCUCAAGGUUGCGUCCGCGCACGUUGGACACCACUGCGAGGUCUCGUAAAGGCAGCGAGCAGGGCACUGGUGAACCUUCCCGAUCACAAACGGGCGUUGUACCAGCUCCAGUGACAUCUUCUGCACCAGCGGUAUCGGCAUGUCAGGAGCGAUCGCCACUUCGACUGCUGAACAGUGCAGGGCAAGGUACUGGAACAGCUGUGUCUAAGCAUCGCAGGAAUGCGUCUCCAAAAACAAACUUUAACGAAAAUGUUUCAGGUGCGGAGUCCAGAAAUUGUGGGACUGCCUCGGCAGCAACUCCGAUGAACGUCCAACCGAAAGAUACGGAAAGAGGGCCCGUACGGCUUUUCCGCUGGGCGGAUCGCGGUUACCACUUCCUUGUGCGACCCACUGGCGAGACAAACGCGGACGCAGUGAAACCAGUUCUCAGAGAAGAUCAUGCAACCAUCCGAAAUGCGCAAACAAAGGCCAUUGCUGCGGUUGCGGGUCUCACGCCCAGCCUCCCGGACUGGAAUGGCAUACUCGCAAAAGCACCGCCAAUCCCGCCUAGAAAAGACGGUGUUCGGUUUCGAUCUGCGCCCAAAGCCGCCCUUGCAUCCAACACGGGAGCGAUCCCAGCCAAGACGCCGGACAUGGCGAGUCUUCCGCCUACAAAGCAGCCCCAGGGCCAGCAGCAUAGCUCUGGAGGCGACGCUGCACCAUUGCAUGACGAGAGGGCGGCGACCAGCCCGGGCCUGCAGGUCUCCUCGAGCGCGUCACGGACAGGCGGCACACCGAAACGUUCCGUGCGCUUCGCGGAACCCGAAGUACAGAUGUCAGCUGUCGAAGAGCGCUCGCUACAGAAUAUUCUGCCGCGACGUCAGCGCAUCGUGACAAAACCAGCGUUUCGACAACGCUCCUGA